ACGACCGAAAACAGGGAGCCAGCCGGAGCCAUGGGUGCCCGUGGAGAAAAACUUUUCCCGGCUCCGUUGCGGUGGCCACUGCUGGUGCUGGCGCUAGCGCUGAUCGCGGCCCAACAUCGCGUAAACGGCGACGAACCGAGGCGAGAUGCCGAUUAUCCGCCCCCGGAGCUGCUGGAGCAGAUGAGGCCGAUGCACGAGGCCUGCGUUGCGGAGACGGGCGCCUCGGAAGACGCCAUCAAGCGCUUCAGCGACCAGGACAUCCACGAGGACGACCGGCUGAAGUGCUACAUGGACUGUCUGUUCCGGCAGGCCGGCGUCGUCAACGAUAAGGGCGAGUUUCACUACGUGAAGCUCCAGGACUUUUUGCCCGAGUCGAUACAUCUCAUCACCCUGAACUGGUUCAAGCGCUGCCUCUACCCGGAAGGGGACACUCCGUGCGAGAAAGCGUUCUGGCUCAAUAAGUGCUGGAAAACCAAGGACCCGGUCCACUACUUCCUGCCGUAGUGCGAUGUCCGCCGACCGGGGGCAGCUUGUUAACGAAGACACUCGAUUAUCCGAUGGCGUUUCAGUCUAAUGGGUCAGUAAGUCCAACGAAUGUUGCAGAAAAAAUGCUCUUGUGUUCAUUCAUUUCGACCUUAUUCGCCAAUCUCAUUCAAUCACUUCUUUAACGCCCAGACCAAAUCUUUUACCCAGGAGCAUCAUACCUUUCAAGGAACACUAUAUAAGUUCCAAGGCAAUGCGAUGGACUCGUGCACCUUUGGAUUUGGAUAUGGAUGUUGCAAAUAGUUACGUGCGCUGUGCAUCAUCUUGUGGACUUUUAGAGCCAUUUGUUUGCUCAUUGAAGUGUGACGUAAUUAAGGGCACCCUAAGAGUGCAUGCUGCACUCGUAAUAGAUUUUGAUCGGCGAACAUUAGUGCACCACCAAUAAAUAAAUGCCCCAGCGAAGUACAUUGUAAAACAUUAAGCCCAACAAUCGUUAACUCCACC